AUGAUAUUUUGUCCAGCUUGUGGAAAUCAUCUUUUAAUUGGAACUUCAAUUGCAGGAUAUAAUAGAUUUGAAUGUAGAACAUGUCCUUAUGAAUUUCCUAUAGACAGAUAUCUAUAUUCAAAAAGAAUGAUGAAACAAAAAGAAGUAGAUGAUGUUUUAGGUGGUGAAAAGGCAUGGGAUAAUGUUGAUAAAACAGAUGCACAAUGUCCUGCUACCGAUUGUGGAAGUUUAAAAGCAUAUUUUUUUCAAAUUCAAAUUCGAUCUGCAGACGAACCUAUGACUACAUUUUAUAAGUGUAUAAAGUGUGGGUAUAGGUGGAGAGAAGGCUAA